CAUUUCUCGAACGUAAACAGAACAUUCCGAAAACUAUAAAAUGGAAACAUUUGAUAUUUCUUUACCAGUAUCAUUUUGUACUAACAAGAGCACAGUUCCAGUCAGAAAUAAACGUUGAUUAAUUCAUACUCAGUUAAAGAAGUGAAUAAGAAAAUGUUUGUAUUACCAGUGAACAGAGCCCACGAGCAUCAAAAUCGUCGCGAAUCCUCCAGAAGGGAGAUGUUGGAGGAUCUCAUUCAUCCUCUGGCAGUGUUAAACAGCCUACUAGAAACUCCUGAAUACUGCAACAAAAUGAGAAACCGCAACGGAGUUCUCCAACAACAACAACCAAUCGCUUCUGAAGUAACCAUCGACAAAGACAAAUUCCAAGCCAGCUUCGACGUCCAGCACUUCAAACCGGAGGAAGUCGUCGUUAAAAUCACCGGAGACAACGCCAUAACCGUCGAAGCCAAGCACGAGGAGCGGCAGGACGAGCACGGGAGGAUAUUCAGGCACUUCGUUAGGAAGUACGUGCUGCCCAAGAACUGCGAUGCAGCACGACUGGAAUCCAGGUUGUCCUCUGAUGGGGUGCUCAGCAUCACGGCACCUACCGUAGGUGAUAAGGCAGAGCCCAAGUCCAUUCCUAUCCAGGUAACCGGCAAGCCUGUGAAGUUGGCUGAGGAGAAACAAACAGAGAGCGUGGCAGAUAAACCGGCUAGCCAGUAAAAUGUGGCUACUACAGUAUUUAUUAAUUUUAUUUAUUUAUUAUUGCGUUGUGUAGAGUAUGCAUGAAGAGUGCAAGACGAAGAGUAUGUUAUUAGUUUAGUUAUUUAAGAUUUUUUUGUAAUGUAAUUGAAAAAUGAAAUAAAAAUUUU